CUGAUCAAUGUACGCCUAUUUAAGAAAGACGUGGAGGUCUGCGGUGGUCAUGCCACGUCAUUACCUGUCACAGAGACAACGACUGAAGUAGCGCAGGAGGAGACAACAGCCUCGUCAACCCCACAGCCAACACCAUUACCUGAGUUUUCUUGCCAUAGUCUCCCUGAUGGGAUCUACGCUCAGCAUUGCUCUUCAGUGUUUAUCGCUUGUUCUCAUGGCCGUUCGAUUCCAAUGCACUGCCCUGCAAACCUCAUUUUUGAUCCUCACUUGAAAGUAUGCCAAUGGAAGGACAAAGUCCUUGACUGUAACGAGGUGGAGCCCACGAAAGAAACUCCAUUAGAGACUACGUUGGCACCCGAAAUAGUUGCGAAUGUUACUGAUGACAAUGUGAUUGCUUCCGACACGAUCACCGAAACCAUUCCAACAACAGCACCAUCAGGAGAUUCUACAUUCUCAUGCCACGGUCUUCCGGAUGGUAUCUACUCUCAGGGAUGCUCAAAAACAUUCGCUCUCUGCGCAGCUGGCAUUGAGACGAGCGUUAAGUGUCCUGGACGUCUGUUCUACGAUGCGCAAUUCGAGAUGUGUCGUGUGAAGGCCAAAAUACAAGAAUGCAUGAAUCCUGCAACAGGCGAUCUGCCCGAGCCUGGAAAUGAUGAGGUAACCACAGAACAUCCAAUGCUUACGAUGACUGAUGUGAUCGUUAACUCUGAUGAGCCAAGCCUGCCUACUGAAAUAUCAUGUGUUGGUCGUCCAGAUGGAAUGUACGCUCUCGGAUGCUCAACCGAGUUCGUGGCGUGUGUCGCCGAAAAAGUCUAUAGGAUGGUUUGUCCGGCUGGCUUGAAGUUUGAAGCUACGGCGAAGAAGUGCCUUUAUGAGGUUAUUUCCGACCAGUUCUCAGUUUAUAGCUUAGUACAUUGCGUAGACUUAUUUGAGUUAGCUACCUGCACCUACACAUAA